AAAACAUUCUCUCUCUAAGUCAUCAUCUCUUUGAACUUAUCAGGGAUUGUAUAAAUUAUAAUUGAAGCACACAUCAUGGACCAUCAUCACUACACUCAUCAUGAUCAAUACCAACAUCAUCAAAUGACUAUUACUAACAACAAUCCCUACAACACCAUCAUCACCACACCACCACCAAGAACAACAACAGUGGAUUCAACAACAAUGAUAAUGGAUGCUGAAAGUAAGAUGAUGACCAGUAGGCCACAAGAACCAAGAAACUGUCCAAGAUGCAACUCAAGCAACACCAAGUUCUGUUACUACAACAACUACAGCUUAGCACAGCCUAGGUACUUAUGUAAGUCUUGUCGGAGAUACUGGACUGAAGGUGGCUCUCUCCGUAACGUCCCCGUUGGCGGUGGUUCUAGAAAGAACAAGAAGCUUCCAUUACUACAACCCACUUCCUCUUCUUCUUCUCCAGCCAAGAAUCUCCCAGAUCUCAACCCUCCUUUUGCCUUCACAUCAACAUCAUCAAACCCUAGCAAGAGUACCCAUCAAAAUAAUAACGACCUCAGCCUCUCCUUCUCUUCCCCUACUAUGCAAGAUAAGGGAGCUCAAGGACAUUAUGGUCACUUUACUGAGCAAGCUAUGACAGGAGGGAAAAACUGUCUUUUCUCAGCUCCCAUGGGAAUGAUUCAGUUUCGACAGGAUUAUGAUCAUGACCACAACAAAACCGAUAUUAGGUUUUCAAUAGAUAGAAAUAAAGAGGAGAUUAGUGGAGGAGGAAGUAAGUUGAUGUUUCCUUAUGGAGAUGGUGCUGGACAUCAUCAUGACCAUGAGAGACACGAUGAUGGUAAUAAAAAGAGAGAGAGUGGUUCAAGCAAUGAGCUAUGGAGUGGAAUCAUCCUAGGUGGUGAUAGUGGUGGACCAACAUGGUGAUAUUGAAGAAUAUUGUCACAAGGAAAAGACAAUAAAGACAAAAACAAAUAGUUUCGAGCAAAACUAUGUGAUUAGAUUUGGAGUUUUCAGACCCGGAAGAGUCGCCUUGGGAGGAGCAUGAUGAUUCUUCUUUCCUCUUUUUAUAAAUUCCUCUGUUCAUUUUCUUUGUCUUAUAUUUGUCUUUUAGUUUGCUUCUCUAGGACCUUUGAACACAUAUGUGUGGCUAAUCCAUAUUAUUAUAAAUAUAGUCUCUUCUAUCAUAUCAGAACUUUAUUUGGACUGAGCGAUUUUAUAAAAAACAACAAAAAUGGUAUAUGCG